GUGGCAGAGUUGUUAAGGAAUAGGUGAUUGGGACUGUCCAUCAUUGGAUUCGUACUACCGAUUGGAAAAAAAGAGGGAGGGGAGAGACACGCGGGCUUCGCGCCAGUUCUGUUAGUCCGGUCGUAUCCCGUUUUUAUCGACAGGAACAUAGUACCUUUUGGGAAAAUUCUAAGCCUCAUAGUGCUUUAUACGAUUAGAUAAAGCACUCCUUUUUGAGAGUUCAAUUCAGAGCCGAGUUUGCGCUUUUGGUAACUACGCCACCUCAUUACGUUGUCUAUGAGCUAGCUAGUAUUAGCAUUGGGACGCCAUUUGGCAGAUUUUUUUUCUUCCUCCCUUUCCCUUUGUAAUGGGGCAAUCUAUGCGUUUUAUUUUGUUCUGGAGUGACGCCCUAAUUGUAAAUGCAGUAAGCCUAGAAAGCACCGUGCAUAUGGCAUCUACGAGCUGCUCAGAUAGCGCCUCCAGCUACCGUGAGACGCUGGAGGUUCCUCUGAGUGGUCAGCGCGGAGGCUAUUGCGCCCGGAUAGCACCACCAGGCUACCAGGAUAAGCCCGUGGUUCCUCCGGCAACGCGGGACAAUGAGACCGUUGGACGGAGUGGAGGGAAAAGGGACUCUCGGAGUCUAAAGCAAGACGGAAGAAGAGACCCCGCUCACCAAUCUCUGAGUCCAAAGUGAGAGGGAGGAAGAGAUCCCUCUCACCAGACAAGGAUGAGGGACGCCCAGGAAAAAGGGAGAGGAGCAAAAGAACCUACUGCUGUACCAAGUGGCCACAGUGAGGCAGCAGCUGGGAGUGCCCCUGGAGAUACCUGGCAGCUUCGUAGCCAGCUCCAGUGUGAAAUUAAUCAACAGCUGGCACGAAGACAAUUACAGUCAGAAGCAGCAGUGUUGGAUAGCACAGGCCAAUCAACUACGAAACCCACCUCCAGUAAUUCUAAAGAACGGCUGGAGGACAUUUACGAUAAAGGGGCCCUAAUCGGCAGUGGAGUAUACGGAAAUGUGUAUGCCGGAAUCCGGAAAAAAGAUGGAUUACCAGUUGCAAUCAAAGAAGUGAGGAAAGACGAUGGGGAAGAGGUAGACAUACCUGCACUUGGGGGGAAGAUACCCAAGGAGGUGGCUUUGCUGAUGCAGCUGAGCAUCCCACCAACCUGCCCCUACGUAAUUCAGCUAAUUGAGUGGUUUGAUGGUCCAGAAAGCCACUUCAUAGUGAUGGAGAGACCCGAACCAUGUCUGGACCUGAAUCGCUACAGCAUUGACUGUGGUGGUUACGUUAGUGAGGAGCUCGCACAGCUGGUCCUUCUACAGCUGCUGCUGGCUGUGUUUCAUUGUGAGGAGAGGGGCGUCAGACAUGGUGACAUCUCGGCUCAAAACCUCCUCAUCGAGACUGAUUCUCUGCUAGUGAAACUUAUUGACUUUGGAUGUGGGAGUUUUCAUGAAGGCAGCUCCGACUUGGGAGCAGCACUGCAUCAGCCCCUAGAUUUUGAUGCCAUGUAUACCGUCUUGCGCAUCAGCGCAAUGCUGUUCCAUCUAGUGUGUGGAAUGCUGCCGGUUCGGAGCCGAGAAACUGGGUCUCUUCAAUUCCCCCGAGCCGUCUCAGAAGAAUUUAAAAAUUUUAUGAAUUGGUGCAUCAGCCGAGACAGAACAAAGCGCCCCACGCUGGAGCAGAUUGCUGCACAUCCUUGGCUCCAGAAGGGCUGGAAGUCCUAAUGUUGACUGUGACUUGUUUUUUCUGUGUCAUGUGCUACAGUACUGCUACACAAAUAAGGAACAAAGUUCUGGAUUGAUUGAAAUUAAUGACUUUAUAUCCUAAGCCAAUCUUUGUGUUUUUCUAAACUUAUUUUUCAGCAUUUUACUGUUUGAAAUGAAAGAUUUGUUACCCACCUAGGCUUGAGCAAAGAAGCAGAUGUAGGACAUUAUACUGUUUCUGUUAUUAAAUUAAGUUACAAUGUACAGAUCUAGAGCUAUAUAUCUUUAUAAAAGUGCUGUAAAUAUGAAA